AUGUCGUUCUCCGCUUCUAGACAAUCUGUCGGCGAUGACUAUUUCAACGACCUUUCGCAGCAGCAGCAGCAGCCGCCGCCGAUCCAACAGGAUAAUCCACCACGAUUGGAGCGCUCAGAGAGCAGUGGAGAUCGCGAGAAUGGGGAAACGCUUCCCCGGCCCAAACGAAUAGCGUGCAUCCUGUGCAGAAAGAGGAAACUGAAAUGCGACGGAGCCAAACCGAGCUGCUCGACCUGUUCACGCUUGAAGCAUGACUGCGCCUAUGAUGAGGCUAGAAAGAAGAGCGGACCCAAACGAGGCUACGUAAAAGCGCUGGAGGCCAGGCUAGCGCAAGUAGAAACGUUGCUCAAGACUCAGGACUCAUCCGAGACGGUAACUAGCGCCUCUGGCCCAACAUAUCAGGAUAUUACACCCAACGAGCCAAUGGAGACUACACCAGAUCGACCAGAUUUCUUUGUGCACAAUCCUCGUCGGAGCACGCCACAGGAAUCUCAAGACCAAUUCAACCAGCCCUUUACAGACCAGACUUCCCUCGGUCUGCUCGACGACCGCAAUUUUGACUUGACAUCUGGUGGUGGGUCGCCGUGGGAACUCAUGUCGUUGGGUUUGGAUGAAGCGUUGCCGCCGCAGGAAGUCAUUGAUGAGUUGCACAAUAUAUACUUUGGCAAAAUUCACAUGAGUGUUCCAAUGGUACAUCGAGCUCGAUACCUGGCAGCAUUGAACUUGGCGCCGCAUCUUCGGCCGCCAGUUUGCCUUCGAUACGCCAUAUGGUGCAUUGCUGCCUCGAUCUCGGAAAAGUACAACAAUCUGAGCGAGAUCUUCUAUUUGAGGGCCCGUCGGUAUGCUGAAUACGACCAGAUGAAAGGCCAUGGUGAGGGCAUCCUCACUGUGGCUCACGCGCAGUGUUGGAUCCUGAUUGCUACAUAUGAGUUUAAACUCAUGUAUUUUCCCCGCGCGUGGCUAAGCGUCGGUAAAGGAGGACGAAUGUGUCAGAUGAUGGGUCUGCACCGGUUGGACGGCAAAGGUUUGGAUGUAAAGCAAUGCUUACUUCCCCCGCGCGACUGGACAGAACGCGAGGAGCGAAGGCGAACAUUUUGGAUGGCCUUUUGUGAAGAUCGAUAUGCAAGUAUUGGGACAGGAUGGCCAGUACUCUUCGAAGAGAAAGAUAUUUUAACGAACCUGCCCGCGAGCGAAGAAUCGUAUCAAAUGAGCAGAGCUACGUCUUCAAAGUCUCUACCCUCUGCUCUCGACCCAUCUGGUGCCGCUUCACUUUCAUCUUUUGCCGGUGUAGUCGUAUUAGCAUGUCUCUUUGGUCGAAACCUCAUCCAUCUCCACCGCCCGGACGACGGCGACAAUGACGAGGACUUGAAUGGCCCCUUUUGGAAGCGACACCGGAACAUGGACAACAUCUUGCUCAACACAGCGUUGUCACUACCGGGCCAUCUGAGACUGCCAGCCGGGAUCGCGGACCCUAAUAUCAUCUUCUUAAACAUGAACAUACACACCUCGACAAUCUGCCUUCACCAAGCCGCCAUUUUCAAGGCAGACAAGAACCGCAUGCCCGCAGCUGUGAGCGCAGAGAGCAAGAUGCGAUGCCUUACAGCGGCAGCUGAAAUUGCAAGCAUCAUGCGUACGGUUAGCCACACAGACCUUUCGGCUAUGAAUCCAUUCAUGUCGUUCUGUCUCUAUGUCUCUGCGCGUGUUUUCGUACAAUACCUCAAGGCUCGGCCCGAAGACGAGCAAUUUGUCGCUUCUCUCCGCUUCCUCCUCUCAGCCAUGAAUGUCAUCAAGCGCCAAAAUCCCCUGACUGAGUCUUUCCUCGCCCAACUCGAAGUCGACCUGGAAGCAGCAGGAAUGGAUAUUCGUUCCGGAGGAGAUCGAGUGAGCGUGACUCGGAGUCCCGUACGUAUUAAUUACUUCCCCCUCUCCUCGCGCGCGCGCGCUCUCUUCUUUCCAUUUCCAGGUCAACAACCGUAUAUCUCAAUCUAA